UAGUCACGUGUUCUGACCAGGAAGUGGAGGGAGCACGCUGUGUGAACACUGAGCUGCUGUGACUCGGCUUGGCUCGCUUUGGACCGGGUUCAGGUUCAGUUCUGGUUUCGGUGUUGGUGUGUGACCGUGUGUGACGUCAUGUCGGUGGUCGGCUCCGUACCUGGACAGUUUGAUGACGCAGAGGAGGAGAACAGCGGCCAAUCAGAGAUGUCGGCUGCACAGAGUCUGAGUGAUGUCACUCUGCAGCCUUCAUCAGAGCGGGAGGAGGAGGAGGAGGAGGAAGAGGAAGACGACGACGACGACGAUGAGGAGGAUGAUGAAGAGUGGGCGUGGCGUUCAGCAGGAGAUCUGACUAAAAGAUACAACCGGACGGGUCUGAACUGUCAGUCCAACAGACAGAAUCCGUCCAAUAAGACGCUGCCGGCAACUCCGACUGAUAAAGCUCUGAGGAAAUACGAACACAAGAUCAACCUGGAUAAACUGAAUUACGCCGACUCAGUGAUCAAUAAAGUGACCUCGAUGCAGAAGCAGAAAGAAGCCGACACGUACAGAGUUAAGGACAAAUCGGACCGAGCCACAGUCGAACAGGUUUUAGAUCCUCGAACUCGAAUGAUUCUCUUCAAGAUGUUGAGUCGAGGAGUCAUCUGUGAAAUCAACGGCUGCAUCAGUACUGGGAAGGAGGCCAACGUUUAUCACGCCAGCACGUCGGCCGGAGACAGCAGAGCCAUCAAGAUCUACAAGACCUCCAUCCUGCUGUUUAAAGACCGGGACAAAUACGUCAGUGGGGAGUUCAGGUCAGUCGCCACCGCCGCAGAAGAGUUCAGGUCAGUCGCCGCCGCAGAAGAAGAGUUCAGGUUCCGUCACGGUUACUGUAAAGGAAACCCAAGAAAAAUGGUGAGAACGUGGGCAGAAAAGGAGAUGAGGAACCUCAUCAGGCUGCAGACGGCAGGAAUCCCGAGUCCAGAACCUCUACUGCUCAGAAGUCAUGUUCUGUUGAUGAGCUUCAUUGGAAAAGACAACAUGCCGGCUCCUCUGCUGAAGAACGCGUCGUUUUCGGAGUCGAAGGCUCGUGAGCUCUACCUGCAGGUUCUACAGAACAUGCGGAAGAUGUUCCAGGAGGCUCGGCUCGUCCAUGCCGACCUUAGCGAGUUCAACAUGUUGUAUCACAACGGAGACGCUUACAUCAUCGACGUGUCCCAGUCUGUAGAGCACGAUCAUCCUCACGCUCUCGAGUUCCUCAGGAAGGACUGCAGCAACGUUAACGAGUUCUUUGUGAAGCGCGGGGUGGCGGUGAUGACGGUCAGGGAGCUGUUUGACUUCAUCACCGACCCGUCGAUCACCUGCCACAACAUCGACCAAUACCUGGAGAAGGCGAUGGUGAUUUCAGCUGAGCGGACGUCGGAGCAGCGAUCCGAUCAGGACGGAGUGGAUGAAGAGGUGUUUAAGAAGGCCUACAUCCCUCGCACCCUGACGGAGGUGAGUCACUACGAGCGAGACGUCAGCCUGAUGAAGGCCAAGGAGGAGGAGUCCGCCAUCAGUGGACACAACGACAAUGUUCUGUAUCAGACGCUGACUGGAAUGAAGAAGGAUCUGUCCGGAGUUCAAACGGUUCCUGCUCUGCUGGAGGAGGAUCAGUCUUCAUCCUCAGAGGAGGAAGAGGAGGAGGACGAUGAUGAAGAGGUGCAGGAGCAGAGUGAGGAAGCCUCCGUGGAUAAAAAGGAGAAGAAGAAGAUGGUGAAAGAAGCUCAGAGAGAAAAGAGAAAAAACAAAACGCCCAAACACGUGAAGAAGAGGAAGGAGAAGGUGUCCAAGAUGAAGAAAGGCAGAUGAUGACUUCCUGUUUGUCGGAGCGCAGCAACCUGCCUUUGUUUUAGAAGCAGCCAAUCACAAAGGUUCACCCGAUGACAGAAAUCUAUUCAGACCACCUGUGAGCUUUUUCCAGAACGUGAAGACGACCGGCCGACACCUGAUGACAUCACAACUUUCAGUGUACGACAUGAGGUAACGGUGUCACCUGUGUUGCAGGUGUGCAUCUGUACAACAACAAAGGAACCUUCUAGUGAGGUUGCCGGAAACAUUCGGAGAACCCCCAAUAAAACAUUUCAUCAAGUUUUA